AGUCGCAAAAGGAGGAACAGCAGCAGGGUGCCUCUCCUGCAAGAAUUCAUCGUUUAAAGUAGUGUAGUAGUAGUAGUAGUAGUAGUUUAGUAUUAGUUUAGUUUAGUAUUAGCAUUGGUAUUACUACUUACUAACUAAAAGAAUAUACGAGAAGAUAGAGUGAGAGAGAGUGAGAGAGAGAGAAAGAGAAAAAGAAAGAAAGAGAGAGAGAGAGAGAGAGAGAGAAAGAGGAAGAUAGAUUGUUAGUGUGCAGUUGUGUAGCGAGUCGUAAGUUCGAGUUAUUUUUGUUCAAUCGGAAAGACGAAGCGAAGUGGCGCGAAUCGAAUGUCUUCUUUUUAAUAAUUUAAAAAAAAACGUGGGGGAAAGGAAAGGAAAGCAACCAAAUCAUACACACACACACACAUAUAUAUAUAUAUAUAUAUAGAAGAUAAAAGAGAAAAAUACAAAGAAGACAGGUUACUGAUAUAUGUGUGGAUGCUAUAGUAGACCAUUGAUAAUAUUUCUAUAAACCCAAAACAACGUUGAUAACGAUGAUGAUGAUGAUGAUGAAAAAAGGGAUAAACAGGAAUGCAAUAUCUUAAAUAGAAGAAAAAGAAAGAAAGAAGAAUAAAGGAGUAAGAUUAAUCCAACUGUUGUGUAUGUAUAUAUGUAUGUAUAUAUGAAUAUGUGCACACUUAUUGGACAAUGAAAAAAUUCUAACCUCUUUCGUGUAUUUCGUGUUAUAUUCGUCGUGCUUUUACAAUCAUCAUCUAUUGUUGUGGUGGAAAUUAAUAAAAAGAGAUACCAAAUAAGGUAAUUCUAAUCUCUUAGAAUCGACCAAUCUGGUGUUUAGAAAAUAAAAAAAAAAAAUUAUAACAAUAAUAAUAAAAAACGUCGCAUGAUCAAGAAGAAGAAGAAGAAGAAGAAGGAAUUAAGAAUAAGAAUAAAAAUAAAAUCAUGGCUACGGUGUUCGAAAGUCCAUUUCUAUCAAACCGAUUACGUCAAAUUGAGGAACGUUAUGACGAGCCUAACACCUUCGGCAGGUGCGAUUGCACCAGCUAUAGUUAUCUGUCAUUAAGCGUUGUUUUGUUCACGGUUGGUACUACGAUCACCGUGUUCGCGCUUGGUGAUAUCUCCGAUGGACAUGUAUUUUCCCAUUUUGGUCACAUGUGGUUAAUCGGACCGAUCUUCAUUAGUUCCGGAUUUAUGGUUGCGGUUAAGUGUAUGCUAUAUCUAAGAAGAAAAUCCGUUAUACAGAUGAUCUAUCAUCAACGACAACUUUUCAGGCAUUUACAGGAAUUGGCAGCUUCCCCAAGUGUCGGUACCAGCGGUAUGGGUACACCUGGACCACCUUCUUAUGAAGUCAUCACGCAAGCUCAAGGAUCCAAUGAGUUACCACCUCCUUCCUAUGCCGAAGCUGUUUCUCUUCUUAGACAAGCUGGUAUCAAUGAUACAAAACUGGAUUGUGGAACUGUUUCGUGCAGUACCAUCAAUGUCAAUGAGAAUAUACGUAGCAAGCCUUGAGGUAUGUUUUGAAUCAUGUAGGGUAAUAAUCUACUUGGCCUAUGCGAAGAUAUUAGCAAAGAGAACGAGAGGAUCUUCUUUGGUAUCUCUCUCUCAUUUUCAAAGAGUAUCUCAUUUGGAUGAGUUAUUCGUACGGUUUUGAUACUCUUUCGAAUUUAUCAACACAAAGUAAGCAUUCUGAGAAAUAGAAUCAGCAAGGGUAAUUUAAAAAAACAAAAAUCCAAUUGGUUUUGGAUUUUUCUUUUUCUUUUAUAUAUAUAUACAUAUAUAUGUAUAUGUAUACACAACAUCCGUUAUUAGUGGCUUCCAUUUUAAUAAUGAAUUAUUUUAUAUUAUUGAGAAAGGAUAAUUAAUUCAACUAAAAGCUGUACUUAUUGUCAGCACAAACAAUUCAAUAUCGUGUACUUAGUUUCUUAAUUUUUGUCUUAUAUUUGUAAAGAUAAUGCAAACACGCACAGUUAGGAAAACAUUGAUAAAAUAUAUACAUAUAUAUAUAAUCGAGGAUAAAGUUUUGAUGAAACUAAACCAUACACGAUUAGAAAGUUAAUUCGAUAUUUUCCUGAAAAUAUGUAUGUGCAGGAGCUUACAUUUAAAAUGAGGAAAAUGAUAAAUAAAAUGUACAUAAAAACUGAUUAUUACUAUAAUACUUCAUAAGAGUUGGGAUACUUAUAUAUUAAAUUGGUGCUAAUUAAUAAAUUAUGUAUUAGAUAAAUAUUAGCAAAGUAAUUUCGUUUAUUUGCUGGUUGUAGGCUUUAUACUUAAUACGUUGAAUAAUUUAAAAAAACAAAUAAAUAAAAUUUGCUAUUGAUAAUGCAUUUAGUAAUCUCUUUUUCUACAAAUAUUUGAACUAGCCAGUGUCAAAUUUUUUGCAUAUACGUAGGUUGGAACUUAAAUAGUGGCAACUAUAUAUUCAUACAACCGAUACAAAAGAGUUACAUGUUUGCAUCUGUUACUGUCCUACAAAGUAGUCACUAGCGUUGUGUAGAACCCGUAAGCGGAGUCUGUUCUCUUAUAUCGGUUGUGAAUAAAUAUUUGCCACUACUUAUUUAAGUUCUAACCUACGUAUUAUGAUAUACGACGUAUAAACAUAUAUACAUAUAAAAUAGUGAAUGAUAGUGCGUACUGGCACAAUAAUGUGAUAGAUAUUAUAUCUGAUUUUAAAACAACGAGUCUAUGUCAAAAGUAAUUAGUAGUAGUGAUAAUAAGUAAUACAAGAACUUAAAGUGCUUUGUAUGUUUAUAAUUAGAAAUGGAUGAGAAGAAGAAAAAAAUGUAUUAUGCUUGUAAUUGUAAUUACGUAUGACAUUAUAAUUAAUAGAUAUUAUUAAUGCGGUAUUUACUACUGCUGAAGCUACCUAUUAUAUAAUAUAUAAAUCUAUUAUAGUCUCGUAGAAUGCAAUGUACUUCAAUGUUUGCAACAAAUUUUGUAACUGCAAGAUGCUUUUGUCCUUUGUACAGAAUAUUUCUUAUUGACUUUUAUAUAGAAUUGUAUUUAUAUAAUAAUAUAGAUAGAUAGAUAGAUAGAUAGAUGGAGCAGGCCAUGUGUAUCAUCUAAUGCAAGAACUUAAGCAAAAGCUUGCUGUGAUGUACUAAGCACUAGUCAAUGUGGGAACAUAGGGAGAAUAUUUUUAUGGUAAAGAAAAAAAGAAAAAGAAAAAGGGGGGAAAAAAAAGAAAGAAAUAUAUGUAAAAAAAAUAUAUCUUCCAAGUGACAAAGUGCCUUAAAAUUUUCAAUAGCAUACAGAAUAGUUAAACGAAUGAUAAUAGUAAAAAAAGAACAAAAAACAAAAAAAAAAGAAAAUAAAUCAUUUGCACAAUACAAUAAGCAUGGAAUAGCAUAAACGUUCAUAUAAUGUAUUAUUAUUAUUAUUAUUAUUAUUAUUAUUAUUAUUAUUACUAUUAUUAUUAUUAUAUGAAACGCAUACACGUUGAUGAUAUUUCUGUCAUGUAUAUGCUAUAAACUUAAUAGCGUAAUACUUCUUUCACAAACAAUUGAGUUCUUACUAAGUUCUUUUUAAAGGGGUAACAUCAUUAUAGAAUUUUCAAAAAAUCGACUUUUUUGUUUUUUUUUACGCUUAAAGUGUACUUUAGACAUCUAAAAAUAUUAUGAACAUCGUCCCGAAGCAACAACAACAACAAAAUUAUUAACAUUGCGAAAUCUUAUUUUUACGAAGCGCCUCAAAGCGUCUCGAAUGAGUGAUAACAAAACUUUAAAUGCGUUUAUCUUGAAACUACAUUUUUAAAAUUGGGCGGACUCAAAACUCGAGCAUCAUGUAAACCGAUUGACUUGAAAUUUUGAAGAUAAUUUGAUAGUUGUAUUAUCUACAGAAGUACAUAUCCGAUUUUUCAUUGAAUUGUAAACUUUUAAUUUUAUAAAAACAAUUUUCUACUAUUUUUUUUCUGGUCGAAAAGACGAUUUUUUUUUUAAUCAAAGUUGCACCGCCAUUGUCACAAAAUUUGACUUAGGAAAAAAUCCGUAUGUACUUCUCAAGAUAAUAGUACAUAGAUUAAGAAUUCCUUUUACUUUUUAUUCUAGGUCUCAUAGUUGUCCAGGUAGGAGUCCGCCCGUUUAGAAAAAAAACAAAAAAAAACAACAGGGUUUUGUUCAGUCAGGAAUACCGACUAUGCCAUUUUGUAUGAAAACUCAAUAAAAAAA